AUGACGGACUUACCAAACAUGCCUUCCUUUGAUAGUCUUGCACUAAAACCCGAGCAACGUUGUAAUAAAGUUUUUAAUGCUAUAAUAAAAACGCUAUUGCAUAACAGAAAUCAAUGGAUGACAGCAAUGCAAUUAGUCGAAGAUUGUCGGAAAUUAGAUCUAGCUCAACUUCGGGGAAAUACGCCGAGAGCUACUAUUCAAGGUGCAAUUUCCACAGGACUCUCCACGGCCAGAUCAUUAAAAGCAGAACCUCCCAUUGAAAAAUAUAAAGCUACUUAUGGUGUUUGUUAUCGUAUCUCCUUGAAGUUAUUUCCAAAAGAUUCAGAGGUUACUGCUUUAAUGGAUAUGAAUCCUCCUCCCGACAAUGUAAACCAAAAUCCUCCGAUCACGCAAACGAAUAGAUCUACUAAAUCUCGAAAACAACUCUAUCAUUACACGUCGGAAAGCGAUUCUGAAGAGAGUGAUUCUGAUGAUAGCGAAUCUGAUGGUAGUGAAACAGAUGGUAGCGAUACCGAUUCAUCAGAUGAUCAACCUUCACGUAAAAGGAUUGCUAGAUAUCAUUCUACAAGUGAUUUUACAAGCGAGAGCGAUUCAGACUCAUCUGAAAGCGAUAUAUCAAUGGAUACAUCACAACAAGACACAAAUGAUACACUACAAAAUGAGAUCGAUGACUUCAAUUCGUCGCUGUGUACAACAAAUGAACCAUCAGAUUUUGACAUUAAUUUAUCCAUUGGUCCCACAUCAUUUGCAGUUGCUCAGGAAAUCGGUUAUUCUUAUGCCCGAUUUCGUCAUCAGGGAAACAUGAGAUAUCCAAAAUCGAAUUGUGAAGACUCAUUUUGUAUUAAAGAUUUAAAAAACUUGGAUGGAUCUUUAUUAUGUAGAUUAUUUUGUUUAGCAGAUGGGCAUGGAGGUCCGGGAUGUUCUGCAUUUUUAACAACUCAAAUACCAGAAUGUAUAGAAAAUAUGUUACGUCAAUAUGAUUAUUCACAACUAGAUGACCAAGAAGUCCAAGACAAGUUUAAACAAGAUAUGAUUUUGCUUAUUAAACAGUUAGAUGAUGAAUACCUUGAAGCGAAACGUGAGGAAUAUCUCAGAUGGCAGGUCCAUGAUACUUCAGCAGAACCAGAACCAGUCGAUGAUGGUGCUACCCUAGUCAUCAAUCUGUUUUUUGGUGAAUGGUUCAUUAAUAUAAAUGUUGGAGAUUCCCGUACACUUAUUGGUUGUAAAAUAGAAAAUAAGUGGAUAGUGGAAAUUUCAAGUGAGGACCAUAAGCCAUAUUUAGAACGCCUUGCUUUACAAAUCUAUUCCAAUGGUGGUGUAUUUGUGGAUAAUCAAGAUAAACCUAUCAAGUUUGAUCCAUUUCCUCAAGAUCGUAAUGUUCGUCCAAAUUUGAAGAAUGCGCGAAUUAGAUUGCAAGCCGCUGAUAAUGACCUUGGCGUGCCAUAUAAAAAUAGUAAUGGCAUUCAUUUUUCACUAAAUGUCGCUGCAACUUGUGGAGAUUUACUUUUCAAAUUGGAUCCUUCAAAACCAGUUAUAUCUUGUAUGCCAGACAUAUUUUUUGAAAAAUUAGGACCAUUCACAGAGUAUAGUGGUAAUAGGUUUAUGUUAAUGAGUAGUGAUGGAUUAUUUGACCAUUUGUACUCGAAUAAGGCAGAAUUACAAAACCAAACUAUUGCUACAUGUAUUGGACAACAACUGGAUGCUGGGUGUCAGUUAAAGAAAAUUGUAGCGCACCUUUGUAAUCGAGAAGGAGAUCGACACUUAUUUGAAAAUACUUUGCAGGAAUAUGAUGAUUGUACAUGUAUAUUAGUAUUGAUGUAA